UCACUGUCGAUGAAAUGCAAGCUUCACUGUUUAGUAUGAACACUAAUUUUGCAAAGAACUAGUUGACACACAUUGGCAGAUUAAGGUUCUGUUUUUGUUCAGCACCAAAACUUUAAUCCAAUGUUGCCGUGGUCAGCUGGGAGAAGAACUGUUCACAAAUCUGGCAAGAGAUCGAGCACAUUUAUAGAAAACUCUGAAAAUUCCAGCACUUUAUCGAACUAUUCCCAGGAAGACCGACGAAAAGGACACUCUUCGAGCUUUUCUAGAUCUCCAAUCAAAAUAACGAAGCGUCCAAGAUUUCAGUCGCCAGCCGGACCUCUUCUGAAUUCGCCUUUAUCUUCGCCAUCUGCCGGCGGUUUGACGCCGGCGAACAACGCUUCUUUGCAGAUAUCGCCUGUAUCGGUAACUGCAAAACGAUACCAUGUAUGCUCUCCAGAGCUGCACUCGCAUGCAUCACCGUGUGAAACAUCAACAGAUCGCUUCUUAGCAAUGGGACAACGCAGAUAUCCGACUCACCAGGCCCAGUAUUCAAGUCUGGGACUUUUACCAUCGGUGAAAUGGAAAGGAGGUAGUACUAUACAGAAUGCUUUGAGUUCACAUAGUCCCCAUGGCAGGAAUAGUCCUGUUACAGUGAAAAUAGCAGCACAUGAUGGCAUUAGAAGUCCUAGUCCUAUGUUGCAAAGACACAAUGGCAUGGUAGAUCCGCUGAAUAAAGAGACAAUAUUAUCAGCACUGAGAGAAAGUAAAAAGAGGACAUUGAUGCAAGAAAACAAUGAAGAUAAUAGUAGUACUGCUUCAUCACUCUUUGAGAAAGGUUCAAAACGGAGGCGUUGUGAUAACUCUUCUUCUUGCAGUGGUUCAACCUGGGUUACAGCUACCCCAUCACAGUCUGGUAGGAAUACUCCCAUAUAUAAUGGUGACUUAAAUAACACUGAUCUGAAAUCAAGUGAGGGAGGCAGUAUGAAACGAUCUAGAAAUGCCAUUGAGUGUUCUUACAGCUCCUCUAGACGGGUUAGACAAAGAAAGGACCAGUUAGAAAUAUUAUCACAAAGCAAGUUUGUACUUGAACGCGAGUGGACAGAUUUGAAGACUCCGCCACCACCUUUAGCCACACUUGCACUACCAGGAAUCCGAGCUAUUGACGCUAUAUGCAAUUUAUGUCACAAAGGACACAAGGAAAGUGGGAACAGAGGCAGUCGCGAGUGUUGUUAUGAACCAUGUGCUGGUUAUAUGUAUUGUUGUCGAUUAGAUAAACACCGGGAACAUUCCAAAGCAUUACGUCAAAAAGACAAAGAAAUAAAGAACGUGAAAGACAAGAUGAAAGCAUUAGAAGGGGAAUUACAGUCUGUGAAGUCUUUCAUAGCUAGUCUGCCAGUGUUCUGGAACCACGAUUGCAACGACUCUUCCCAGAAAAUUGCUUUGGAUGGUAAAUUGUCACCAGGAAAUCUCCAAGAUGCAGUUGAUCUACCUAAAUUAUUGGAAAUGGGAAAAUGGAAGGUUUCUGAAUUCAAACCUGAUGACGACGACGUGGAAGACUAG